GUGAUUCAGUUUAUUAUGGGCUGACCUAACAGAGACCGUCACACAAGGGAAACGCUGCAAGAGCCAGACAGAGUGGAGAGCAGCAGUGUGAUAACAGAAUCCGACACACAUCGCAGAGAGACAUCAAGUCCUAGAAAGGAUCAAAACUCCUUCUAACAUGAACACCUUUGAGCAAAACAUUGACAAUAACACAGACGAUGAUGAGAGCGCUGUGAGCAAUCAUGUCUCCACGACCAUGGGUGCCCUCAUCCUCAGCUUUGUCUUCCUCCUGGGCGUCCCUGGCAACCUCUUCAUCGUCUGGAGCAUCCUGGCACGCACCCGACGACGCUCGAUCACCACCCUCCUCAUCCUCAACCUGGCGUGUGCCGAUGGCUUUCUCAUGGCCCUCACCAUCUUCUUCAUUGUCUACCUGGCCAAGCAGACAUGGGUCUUUGGUAACGUCAUGUGUAAAGUCGUGUUCUACCUCUGCAACUCCAACAUGUACGCCUCCAUCUUUCUGAUCACACUGAUGAGCGUGCACAGGCUGGUGGCCGUGGUGUUCCCGCUUAAAGUGUCCACCCUGGUCAGCAAGAAGGUUGUGAUAAGGGUGAUCGUAUGCAUGUGGCUGCUGGUGAUGAUGAUGUCUAUCCCCUCACUGGUGUUUCGAGAUGUGACAGAGGAAGAAGAUGAUAAUAUAACAAGAUUGGUGUGUGUGCCCAAUCACACCCUGUCUCGACAUGUGAGGUUUCAGUAUGCCUUUGAGACGGUGGCGGGAUUCAUUCUUCCUUAUACAGUCAUCAUAAUCAGCUACGUCCUCAUCCUGAGACGCCUGAGGCAGACCAAAUUCCGCCGAAAGGUCCGCAGCGAGAAACUCAUCCUGGCUAUUGUGGUGAUGUUUGGCAUUUUCUGGCUGCCAUACCAUGUUGUCAACAUGUUACAGGUGGCAGUUGAAUGGUUACCAGAGAAUUCAAAAAGAAGAAUAAAUUUGGACAAUAUCGCUCAGUCCAGUCGUGCAGUGACCUCAGCUUUGGCCUUCAUCAGCAGCUGUGCCAAUCCUGUCCUCUACACCUUCGCUGGGAAGUCCUACAUCAAGAUGAACGGCCUUGCCUUCAUGGCUCGGCUCUUUGAGGGUACGUCUUUGGACCAAACAGGAACCAAAAAGAGUCGGGCCAUGGGUAACGACACAGUGGAAAACAUUACUGUUGAGUCCACACACAGCACAGAAAAGGCUUUAAAAACUGGGAGCUGAGCAUUUAAUAAAUUUUGUGCAUAAAUGAGCGCACUCUGAAAGUAAAAAUUUAUAAAACUACAUUUGGAGUCUGUAGAUUUGCUUACAGCAAAAUUAGAGCCUGAAUUUUCUGUGCUUUAAAAAAAAAAAAAAAAAAAAGCACCAGUUUAGAGGCGACCGCAAAGUAUUUUGUAGAUGUGUUGAAAGAAAUACAAGUUUGACAGGAAGUCAGUGGUGCAGGCACAAGAAAAAUAAAACUACCUGAUCUUUAUAUCAGAACUGAAAAUACUUAACAGCUACAAAAUAACUACCAAGUACUGUAACUACUUAAGGAGCAACUACAUUGAGAAAAACUAAUUUCUCAACGGGUAACAUUAAGUCCAUAUUUAGCAAUAUACAAACAUCCAAAAAUAGUUAAACAUUAAUGUAGUUUUAUGCAGAGAAUGAAAUUUCUAUGUAUAGUAUGUAUACAUUGCACAAAGAAAACCUAAUACCCCUUUGCCUUGUUUGAUCCAUAUAUGUAAUAUAGUUUUAUUAGAUCUGCAAGUUUUAUCAUUGCCCCCUGUGGGAUUUUGACAAUUACCAGUAUUUUUGAUUUCUGUUGCACAAUGUAGGUCUCCGCUUCAGACUUGAGUCAGUUUUAAAGUGUUACGCAUUGAUUUAUUUUAAACUGUACAAUAAAUUUUGAUUUACCCUGUUUUUGUUCAACAUGCAAUUUUGUUUUUUUCAAUAAAAAUUGCAUUUUCUCGCA